CUCCUUCACUCCCUUGACCUUACGUUCAGGUCAUUCACUCUUUGAUCAUUCUUGUCUGCCCGGUCUUUCUGUGACAGGUCUUGGGGCACACAAGCUUCCGCUCUUUUAAAGCUAUAUCUGCUGUAUAUCUGCCCCGUACUCUCUUUAAUAUCUAGCCGAAACCCCUGCGGCCAGUAUCUUCGUUUCUACCUUUCUCGAAUCAAUCUUUUGGUGCCUGGAGCACUUUGAAUUAUCACCUUUAUAGACGCAGAUCACAGUCUAGCGACAAUGCGUGCUGCCAAAGUUACACUGUUGGCUGCUCUGGCACAGCUAGCCGCUGCCUCUUAUGAGUUGAUGGAUGACUACAACCCAUCAAAUUUCUUUGACAAGUUUGAGUUCUUCAGUGGGCGUGAUCCCAGCAACGGAUAUGUUGCCUAUCAGGGAAAGGAGGCCGCCCUCUCGAGUAACCUCGCCCAGAAACUAGAGAAUUCUAUCCGUAUUGGAUCCGAUUCUACCGAUAUUGCUACCGGUUCCGGGCGGAGGAGUGUUCGUCUGGAGACGAAAGCGAGAUAUAAGCAUGGCUUGAUCGUUGCAGAUAUCAAGCAUAUGCCCGGUUCGAUUUGUGGUGUCUGGCCUGCAUUCUGGACUGUCGGUAGUCGUUGGCCCGAACAUGGCGAGAUGGAUAUCAUUGAGGGAGUGAAUCGGCAGUCCAUCAACAAAAUGGCCCUUCAUACCACUGCGGGGUGCAAGAUCAACAGCAAUGGAGAUUUCACCGGUGUUGUCGAAACACCUGACUGUGAUGUCAAUUCUCCCAACCAGGCCCCUAAUCAGGGUUGUCUCUUCACGUCCAGCCAGGGGAACAGCUACGGUACAAACUUCAAUAACAGGAACGGCGGUGUGUAUGCCAUGGAAUGGACCAGCGAUGAAAUCACCGUUUGGUUUUUCCCGCGCGGCAACAUUCCCGAUGACGUGAACAGUCAGAACCCCGAUCCGUCGAAAUGGGGUAAGCCCUCGGCACGGUUCUCCGGUGAUUGUGACUUGGAUAGGUUUGUGCAGGAUCAACGAAUCAUUUUCAACACAGCCUUCUGCGGCGAUUGGGCUAAGGGGCUAUGGAAUUCCGACUCUGUCUGCAGAGCAAAGGGGCCAAGCUGCGAGGACUAUGUGAAGAACAACCCCAAGGACUUUGCCGAAGCCUACUGGGAGAUCUAUGGCAUGAAAGUCUACAGCAAAGGUCAAGGUCAGAAGAUAUCCUCGGCUGCAACUUCGCCCACCCAAGCCUCCACCACUCAAGUUUCCACGACACAAAUCUCCUCAGCCCAGAGCGCCAGUGCUAGUGCUUCCGUCAGCGAUGGCCCUGACACGAGCAGCAACACCCCGCCCAGUGCCACAGGGAGUGGUAAUGCUUCCUCCAUCGAAUCCCGCAGCACUGACGCUGAACCCACCAAAGCCCCAACUGGAACGGAUGGUGGUGCAUCCCCAACAAACGCUCCCUGCAACGGGCCUAACUGCCCGAGCCAAUCUCCCACUACCAGCGGUGGUGUCUCUCCAACCGACAAGAGCGAAUAUCCGGCCAAUCCGGGCACGACAGACGGCAGCCCUCUUCCUACCAACAAGCCCGAAAUUCCAACUAGCUGCACACCACGCACUACCUGCGUGACCUACACCAGAAUUGAAACCGUCACCUACAUCAACAAGAAUCCCGCUCCAUUCCAAACUGGCGUCCAGUCUCCAACCAAGGCUAGCGGCGAUGACGAAUCUAUCAUUCCUAUCAGAUGAUGUGGAUUGGAUUUAACAUCGCCAAAGAGAGAUAUCCAGAUGGGAGCUUUGAUCUCUAGGUAUAUUCGAUGCAUAGCGUAGGGACAAUUUA